AACACCCUUCAUUAAGAAACAGAGUGCUCUGUGACUGAUGUCCUGCCAUAUUUUCAUAACAAUAUUGGCGCCACCAGAAGCUUUCUGUAUACGCAAAGCGCAAGAGUUGCAUCGACACAACGCCAAGAGAAAACACAUUUUCAGCAGGAUCAAGAUGGAAGGUCAACGUAAAGACAGAAGGAUGAAUAAACUGUGGAUAUUGACGUUACUGUUAUGCGUUUGACCUGCAUCUCACUGUCUGGAUAACAAGGUUUCUCAACUUCUGCGCGUUUUGGAUUGCGGAGCUCGGUCUCGCCCAAAAAGGUUUUGAAGAAGGAUUUAUUUAUUUAUCAUUUCCAAACUUCAUAUUUCAUCAUCACUGCUUGGAAUAAGAGCCCUCUGUGGAGAACAGGUUAUUUUUCAAAGGAUACGAACCGAUCUGUGGAAAAGAAUGGCAACUUGGUUUACCUUUAUCAUCGCAAUUAUUAUAACGAUUUUUAAGCAGGUUCUGGGAUCUGGUGUAUUCGAGCUUGAUCUUCAUCACUUUCAGAAUAAUAGAGGUUUGCUGGCAAACGGCGUAGCUUGUAAUCCAGCGUGUAGGACUUUUUUCCGAGUUUGCUUGAAGAACUACCAGACCGUAGUGUCACCAGGUGACUGCUACUUCGGCAGUGUCGUUACACCUGUACUAGGCACCAACUCGUUCAGCGUCAUGGAGGACGGCACGUUCACUAAACCUAUUCGCCUGCCACUCACCCACUUCGCAUGGCCGGGCUCGUUUUCUCUAAUCAUUGAAGCAUGGUUUUCUCCUUCAGCGGAUCUACCUGAAGCAGAUACAAACAACCCUGCUUUAUUGAUUAGUUAUUUUGCCAUUCAAAGAAAGUUGGAAGUAGGAGAUGAGUGGUCGCAGGAUGUGCAAAGUGUGAGGCAGACGGAGUUAAGGUACUCAUACCGGUUCAUCUGCCAUGCAAAUUACUACGGGGACAGUUGUUCGAAAAUAUGCGCUCCAAGAGACGACCGUUUUGGCCACUACACCUGCAACCCUGACGGGCAAAUAUCAUGUCUACCGGGCUGGAAGGGACAAUACUGCGAAGAACCAAUUUGCCUUGAAGGGUGCAGCAAAAUAAAUGGAAAUUGCUCAAGGCCAGGACAGUGUGUAUGCAGAGAGGGCUGGCAGGGCACCUUCUGUAAUGAGUGUAAAAGGCAUCCAUCCUGCAAACAUGGCACUUGUCAGCAGCCCUGGCAGUGCACCUGCAAAGAGGGCUGGGGAGGCCUCCUCUGUGACCAAGAUCUGAACUAUUGCACCCAUCACAAGCCGUGUCGUAAUGGGGCCACUUGUAUGAACACGGGCCAAGGGAGCUACACCUGUACCUGCCAGCCGGGCUUCACAGGGGACAAGUGUGACAGCGAGGUCAGGGAGUGCGACAGCCAGCCCUGUCGGAACGGAGGCCAGUGCUUGGACCUUGAGAACGGCUAUAGGUGUGCAUGUCCACAGGGGUUCGAGGGGACGCACUGCGAGCACAGAAUGCUGACUUGUGCCGAUUCACCCUGCUUCCACGGGAAGUGCAGAGAAAGGGACAACGGGCGGAGCUACAUGUGCGAGUGCCCAGGGGGCUUCACUGGACUCAACUGUGAAAAGAAAGUGGACAAAUGCACCUCCUUGCCCUGUACAAAUGGUGGACGUUGUGUUAUCCACGGCACCACACGUUGGUGCAGCUGCCGCUCAGGCUUCACCGGCCCACGCUGCGAGAUCAACAUCAACGAGUGUUCCAUGAACCCCUGCGCCAACGGAGCCAGCUGCAUGGACCGCAUCAACGACUACACCUGUAUCUGCCCCCUGGGCUACACCGGCCGCAACUGUGACAAGCCCACUGACAGCUGUGCCUCCAAACCCUGCCUGAACGGUGGGACCUGCACCAACGGGGCCAAAGGCCAGCCUGCUGACUGCACCUGCUCAGCCCACUUCAGCGGCACCCAGUGCCAGUACUACGAUGUGCCUUUACUCAUCCCCCCCAGCCCCAGCCCGAGCCCUGUCAGAGAGACCCAAGACAGGCUCAACUGGGCAGCCAUCUGUCUGGGUGUGGGCCUGGUGGUGCUCCUGGUGCUGAUCUUCAUGGUGGCCAUGGUCCUGCGCCACAUCCAGCAGCAGAGGAAGAGGGAGCAGGACUCAGAGACCAUGAACAACCUUUCACAUUUCCAGAAGGAGAACCUCAUUUCUGACCUGCAGCUGAAGAACACCAACAAAAAGGUGGAGCUGGACCUGGAGGUGGAUUGUCUCAGGGAGAAGUCCCAAAACCACAAACACAUCAACUACCACUUGGACAACAAAACCUUCAAGGAGUACAAGGAUGAGCCGUCGCAAGAGGAUAAAGACGAGAACUGUAAAAAGACGAUAGAGGAGAAAAUGCCGUUGAGUAGAAAACACAGCGAAAGGCCAGAGUGUAGGAUAGCAACGAUAUGUUCUCCAAGAGAUUCCAUAUACCAGUCUGUGUUUGUGAUAGCAGAGGAGAAAAAUGAAUGCGUCAUAGCAACUGAGGUAUAAUACAUGGAGGGUAUCAGACAUUCUGAAGAAUGGAUAUCUUCUGGACUGUUUACAGUGUAGAAACAGACAGGGAUUUAUUUAACUGUGAAUUGCUGCUCUUGAAAACUUGAUAACUGGACCGAGCCGGUGUGCUCUAUGAAUGCAAUAGGACUCAAACUACAGAACUUUGUUAGAAUGUAAGGACUGAACAGACUGUGAGAAAUAAUACACAACUUGGACUUUUGGAUGUUUCACCGUCAGGGUGUACUGACAGAUUCAGGCCCUUGACAGGACUUUUGGAUGUUUCACCGUCAGGGUGUACUGACAGAUUCAGGCCCUUGACAGGACUUUUGGAUGUUUCACCGUCAGGGUGUACUGACAGAUUCAGGCCCUUGACAGGACUUGUCCGACCAUAUCCAUGGAAAACAGGCCUAUGUGUUUAUGCCACCUUGCCCAUCAGCAGGACGAGAGGGCUCUGUCUGGAGAUACUCCACCUUAUUUUGAUAAUCAGAAAUCAGCAACCAACCAAUCAACUUACUGCCAACAAGACUGUGGAAGAAGCCAGCUACUUCCAUUUACCCUGGUGAUGUGCUACAGUAUGCAAAAAAGGAGACUUUGUUUAAUAAACUUUCAAGGAGAGAAAAAAACUACUAGAAACGGUUCAUUUUUUGAGAAUAUUUGAGACCCAGGCCUAUGUCAAUUUUGUAAAUUAUUAUUAUUAUUAUUAUUUACAUAAAAAAAAUGUUAAUAAAGAAUGUAUGCAUCCCGAAUCACAGAGCCUUAAGUAUGGGUUAUAGAGCUUGAUACCCUGCUUCUUCUUGGAUCCAUUGCACAACAAAAACUGAAGGGAAAAUACUUUUAAGAGAAAACAACUGAUGCAAUAAAUGACGUAGUGCCAGGGGGAUUCAAGAAGAAGCAUUUUUACUUCUUAUUAUGCAACAUUGCCCAGAAAUUAAAACAAAGAAAAACAAAAGUGACUAUCAUACCAAGGACGCCUAUAAUUAGAAUUGACAUUACUGAACCAAUAAUGUUUUUUUAAAGAUUAGUAUUUCACUAGUUAUUUAAAUAUUAUGAAGCACUGGUCUUUCUAUUAUGUUUUAUACGAUUAUUUUGUAUAUAAUGUAUAUUUAUAAAUUUAGAAGUCGGUGUACAACGGUUUUCAAUUUGAUGCCCAAAAAGUUGAAUUUAUUUUCAUGUUUAAUGUUGUUGUGAUUGUUGUUUUUUAAACAAUGAAAACAUAUCUGGUACACUGUUUGUUGGUUUCAUGUUGAGUAGAAGUGGUCAACUAUAGAACUUUCAAUUUGCCUAGAUAUUGGAAUGACUAAGAACCUUCCGUUGAAGUCCAUCCCCUGUUGUGGAAAUGGCUUCUUGUCUAGAUGAUGUAUGACCUUGUAGCAGUUCUAGUAAUCACAUGCAUACGGUGGUGACUGGUGAGUCAAUGUGAUGUGAAAUCAAUGUGCACGCAAUCAUUUAGUGGACAGUAUUGUAUUUGACAGCAAUGUGAGAAAUAUGGACAAAAGUUAUAUAUAAAAAAAAUUGAAUAAAAAUGUUGAAGUACAGUACACAAAA